AUUGUUUUGUUUGUGUGUUCGUUUGGGAAAAGUAAACGUAAAAGUAUCCACGUCCCACAGUUUCUGGGAUCAAAAUCAAAACAACCACAGGAGGAGAGUGGAACCGUGUCGUGUUGUGAUAAGGCCCUUCAAUCCAAUGCACAAUGCUACUACUGCGGCAAACAAUAAUUAGUGUUCGUUCAGCCCGAACUAUCAUCGGUCGUCACUCAUUUGUCAGCCAACCCCAAGCCACCAUCCGAGCGAUAGCAGCGGUCGCAGGUAACAGCAACAAGCAACAGCACGAAGACCGAGACGGAGGUCGUCAACAUGGCGAUGAGUCCAAAACUGGGGCUAAGUGUGGCAAGCUCUGUUCUUUUGCUGGUAUACUCACCGGACUGUUUCUGGGAGCAAACGUAGAACACAAUGUUAAUGGUGAAGAAACCCUUUCCGGUAAUGACGAAGGACGAAAGUUUUCGCUGUUUCCCAGAGUGUCAGCGGCUACCCAGGUAGGAAAGGAUUUAAAAGGACGCCGAGCGAUGUACAAUUUCAUUGCGGAUGUAGUCGAUGUUUCAGCGCCAGCAGUAGUAUACAUCGAAAUUAAGGACACACGGCACUACGAUUUUUUCUCGGGCCAACCGGUGACGGUUUCGAACGGAUCUGGGUUUAUAGUCGAACAGGAUGGCUUGAUUUUGACCAACGCACAUGUGGUUAUAAGCAAACCAAACGCUUUGGUUACAGUGAAGCUGGUAGAUGGACGAACUUUUCCUGGAACUGUGGAGGAUGUAGACCCCAACUCUGAUCUGGCGACGGUACGCAUCAAGUGCAAUAAUCUACCUGUGAUGAAGCUUGGUAAAUCGGCUGAACUGCGGUCGGGCGAGUGGGUGGUUGCGCUGGGCAGUCCACUGUCACUGAACAACUCGGUAACGGCCGGUGUUGUUAGUUCAACACAGCGCCCAUCGCAAGAACUGGGACUACGUGGGAAGGAUAUCAAUUACAUACAGACGGAUGCGGCCAUUACGUUCGGUAAUUCGGGCGGUCCGUUGGUCAACCUAGAUGGGGAAGCGAUCGGAAUCAACAGCAUGAAAGUGACACCAGGGAUUAGUUUUGCUAUUCCGAUCGAUCAUGCUAAAGAAUUUCUCCAGAAAGGAGCCGAUCGGAGGAAGUCCAGAGGUUUCAGUACGGAGAAAAUUCCAGUUCGGCGGUACAUGGGCAUCACGAUGCUGACGCUAACGCCGGAAAUACUGCGGGAGCUACGCCAGAGAAGCCAUAACGUACCGGAAAGUGUUCGAAGUGGCAUUUUGGUGUGGAAGGUUAUCCAGGGAUCGCCAGCACAUGUUGGGGGCCUCUACCCGGGUGACGUUAUUACCAGCAUUAAUGGCAAGGAGGUGAAAAACUCCGCUGAUGUGUACGAAAUGCUGGCAGGCAAGGAUCGAAUUCUAACUAUCAACAUCUACCGUGGCGUUGAGAAAAUGACCGUCAAGGUUAAGCUGGAGGACCCCGAAGGAAUUUAGCAUUAAGUAAGAGUCGAAGAACCAGUUUGACUUUGCAUAUUUUAUUGUAGCUUGUAGGUAGGUGUAAAUACAUUGACUCGUAUAUGUUGAUACUGCCUCAUGAAUACAUUUUUACAUUGGUAGCUCGUUUUUGUGCUAUUAAUUUCUCUAAAAUAUUUUUAACGAUAAUAUAUGUUGCCUAUACA